GUGAUACCUACUGUGCCCCCACACCACUAGUCCACAAAGUGCCCUGCGGCCUGUAGACUCGAGCAUAAUCAUGACUCCUCCAUACAUUUGAAGCUACUUGAAGCCUCUUUAACCAAAUAAAACAGAAAUGAAUAAUUCAACAGGCCUUCCACCUCCAUUUUUUUUUCUUGUUGCCGGUGGGGGUGGUUUGGGAAACGUUGCCAUGGAAACACAGACGCGGAUAAUCUGCUAGUGAAGUCCUCCCCGAUUUAGCACGGUGAAUGUACAAGAAUUCCGGCGAAAAUUGCGCAGCAUUUGACUAUCCAUCCUAAUACAGCCCCAGGGGACACGGUCGAGAGACAAGAGAAAUGAGCCGAUAUCGACCCAGACAGGGCAAAAGUAGCUUUGACAUGGCUCAAACUGAUAGCAGAACGGUCCCCAGUGGAAAGGUGUACAGGCAACUCUUCGACGCGCAGGUGCAGCUGUCAAGGUCUCUGCUGGCCACAUGGAAAGAUCAGAUCGUGCAGAGUAACACACAGUGCAGUACAGCCAGCAGUGAAAAAGAACUGGUUGACACUGAUGACAGUGAGGAUGUUAGCGGACUCCCUGACAUUCUGGUAACCAGUAGUUAUAGUUCAGAUGUCAUUGAGUGUAUGUCAAAGAAGAAAAUGACAAAGCACCAAGAAACACUGCACCAGCUGGACACAGAGCUGAUCUUCAUAUCUAAGCUGUUUGAGUCACAUGCAAGGGAAAACAGUGAGAAACUACUGAGUUCCCUGCGAGAGGCUGACCUGAGACUAGACAAACUGACUCACCAAAUGAAACAGGCUGAAGAAAUGAAUUCACACAGUCUACAGGACAUAUGUUCUCUGUGGGAGGAGGUGGAGAAGGAGGUGAAGCUGAAAAAGACCAGAAUCGUGGAGUUUUACUGUAAAAUGUGCCAGUCUGAAAUGCAGAGGACUCUUCAGAUUCAAGCUGUGCUGAAGAACCACUGUGGUCUGCUGGAGAAGAUCAGCUUCUUGCCCCUGUUUGACAUCCAACGGCUGCUUCACUCCAAGGCAACUAUGCUAAACCAGUCUUUGUUGGCUAACCGGCGCUAUUUAUGCCAGCUGCACUUGCACCUACUUGUGGCAAAUCUACAGGGAGCGUCAGUGCUCCAUCAGCGCUGGGAGGACUGUGUGGAACAGUGGAGGAGCAGCAGAAUUCAGCAGAUUAUACAGCACUUUAAUGAAUUAUGCAGCAAGGACUUGGAUGAAGGACUGUUCUUUGAGCAGCCAGAGAUUCAUAAAAUCCACCAGAGUCUGAGAGAAGUGAAUGUCAGACGCUGUGAGACUGUCAUGAACCUGAGUUCACUGGUCCCGCUCACCUGUACCUCUAUUCUGGUGUCUGAUUGGUUUGACCAGGUGAAAAGCUAUAACCAUCAAAUUGAUGGGCUCCAUGGUGUCCUUGUGAAGUGCAUCCGCAACUGCUAUGACCAGAUCUGGCAGAAGCAACUUGAGGAGGUUCACCGUUGUGAGAAUUCUCUCCGGGAUCUGCAACUCUCAGAAGCUCAGGUCACUAACAUUGUACAGUCCCACCUCUUACCUCUUAUUGGUAAGAGUCAGAGCAAAUCUGACGAGGAACUGGCUGCUUUUGAUGUAUGCUGUGACUCUGUGAGCCGCCACAGUCUCUCAUUAAGCAACUCAGUGUUUGGAUUAAUGCACCAGGCAUCAUUUCUGUGGGAGGAACACUGCUCCAGGCUCAAAAAUAUAGAAACAAAAGUCCAGCAAGAUGUGGAGGAUUUGAGGCACUUGCAGAAGGAACAGUUACAGACAAAAACACUCCACUUGGAUGAGCAGCUGAGUAUACUGCGACAAGAGAGCAAUGAGGAGGCCCUGACCAUGUCUCUGGACAAAGUGCUGCUGUGGCUACAAGAGCUCCAUGACAGCUGUAGACAGAAUCUGUUGGAUCAGAACACUGUGUUGGACAGACUUCCUGCUCUGUAUCUACUGGAGCUCCAGAACUACAGCAGCGGCCUCACUGCAUUCUUCCACCUCAGCAGCACCUAUAGGCCGAGCCUUGAUGAAUUUGGCCCAGAAUUCAGGGAAGUAGACUCCACUAUAGGAGCUUCUACCACUCUAGACAAAAAGAUUAAGGGGAUGAACACUGGUGCUGCACAAGAUCAGGUCGACAAAGGGCUCCUGGAUCUCAUGGACAUGAACAGUUCAGAGGAGUUUAUCUCAUCAAGAGGCUUCACCUACAAUGGGCCCCCCUUCAAAUGCCAAUCCCCUGAAUUCAAUCAGUCUCUGAGGAACACACAGCUAGUUGUGUUUCCUGUUGCACUGCUCUCUCAGACACUCAACAGAGUGAGGAGCUCAUAUGUGGACCACAUGGAGCAGCACUUCCAUGAUGGUGUCCUCUCGACCCUUUCUCUGCUCUCACACCUAAGACAGGAGGCGCUAAUUGAGCAGAAUCUCAAGCUGCAGCAGCUCAGUGCCCAGCAUGUCCAGCUGCACAUCUUCCAGCCACGUCGAGCUGAGCUACGGCUGCACAUAAAGCAAGUGGACUUUCACUGCAAAAAAGUGUCACACACUCUAUUCUCCCUUAACACUGAUCUGAAGGAGCUCCAGGAGUGUUUGGGCAAGAAGAACCAGACCUUUUUGAGUACUGUGUCUAGCUUGGAAAGCAGCCUUCGGUCUGUGGAUAGCCUUCAGCGGUUGGAGACCCUCAGCUCCAUACUGAAGGAGAAUCUAAAGAAUCACAUAGCAGACACCCAAAUAUCUCAGACCAACUUCAGAAAAAAUUUACAAGUUCAACUGGAGCAGCUCAAACAGGCCACUUCACAGCUGCUCCGUUCCUUCAGGCUUUUUAGUGAAGGAGGGGACUUUACACCUUUUGAGAUCAAAAUGUUUCAGAAGAGACUGAAGAAAGAAAUCAAAAAGAUUAAUGUGGAGGAAGAGUCCAUCUUUGUUCAGCUGGAGGCCUGCCACUCCAGCAGUUUACAAGAGGUCAGGGAGGUGUACAGUCUGCAGGAAAAGCUGAUCUCCCUCAAGUCUGAGUUCAUGUUUGUGGAAAAGACCCAGAACAUCCUCCGCAGCAUUCAAAUCAAGAUCAAGUCUGUGGCUGCCACCAGCAAUCAGCAGCAGUCUGACAUAAGCUGCAAGAUUCAAGAGCUACAGAUUCUUCUGGAAGACAGAGAGGUAGAGGUGUGCCAAGCCCAGGUGUUCUCCACCCUCUCCAUCCUCAGUCAGAUGCUUCACCAACAGGCUCAAUAUCUUCACUUUACCACGGACUCAGAAGAGUGCCCUCUGCAAGAGGACAGCUCUCUGUCAGCAUCCCUCUCAUCCUUCACCUCUGCAUUGCAGCCCUAUGGCUUGGGAAGUGGACUGCAUAAUGACCCUCUCCUGGGCCUCAUAGAAACUCUAAACAGAGCACCGCCUCCCCCUGAGGCAGAGCCCAGAGGACGAGCAGGUCAGAGCGCUGCACCUAUUUGGAAGAGAGAAGACUGUCCUGCAAUGAGGAGAGGAGGCAGAGCAGUCCGAGUGGACUGGAGGCUGCAGAUGUUUGGGCCUAAACCGGAACCCGGGCAGGAUAUCUCUUUCAGAUCCAAAGUCGGUGCACUGCUGUGGGAGUCCAGUGAUGUUCUGAUGCUCACUGCUGAGGAUUUCUACCACAGCCGCCCUGGUGUCAGUCAAUUCCUGCUGGUUCCUGACAGUUUGGAGCAGUGGGUUGACAACAUGCAACAAAGACUUCUGGGAUACCUUGAGCAGUCAAAGAGUUUCCUAAGCUCCAGCAAGAAAGAGUUUGUGAAACAUCUGUCUAUAUUAGAACAAGUAUGUCAGAAGUUACCUGAAUUGCUCAUUCAUAUACAUGAGCAUCAGCACCAGGAGAAACUCAGGGGUGAGAUGGACAACAUUAGGCAGGAGUUAGACCAGACUGUGGCAGAAAGUGAGACUGAAAAGAGUGAUAUUGUGUGUCAGCUGCGGGUCUGUAUGAGCAGUGAGGCUCUGCAGUCACUCUUGCUCAGAGAACAGCACCGCCAACAAGCGCUCUACAGGGAGAUCAACAGUUCUGCCAUAGCUCAGAAGGAGUGUUUGCAGAUGGCUGGAGAGGACUUUGUGACAUCUCUGGCCUCUCUGACAGAACAGCUGCUGGCUCUACUGGACCUGCUGGUUACAGCUGAUGAAGUAAAGACAGCCUCACAGCACUCUGAAAACACAGAUGACACAGCACUUAGGCCACAUACUGGCAAAAGAACCUGGAAAGGCAUCCCAUAUUUUGCUUCUUCAGUUGUUACCAAGGCAACUACUCCCAUCACUACAAAUAAGUGCACCCGUGGACAUGAGCUGGUUAUACUGGAAAGGGAUGUCACUUUCAAGAGGUUUAGAGAGAUGUACAGAGGUGAGCUGAUGCGUCUGGACUCUGACAAACACAAGAAACUGGGAGAAGUGGAAAAGUGGAAUGAACACUGGAGUCAUCAGCUGGACACACUGACACAUACACUCAACUAAAAAUGCAAACACAGCAUUAUCCACUCUGCAUCCAUUGAACUACCCAUAAUGUUCUCAAUACUGCACCCAAACCAUUAAAUACUAGCUUUGUGUUGCAAAGCGCUUUGUGUUGCAUUUUUUCUAUAAAAAGCACUUUAUAAAUAAAGCUUGAUUGAUUGAUUGAUAGACAUAUCAGAACAGUGAGAAAGGAUGACACAGCCACAACAAAUGGACACACUUUAAGCAGAAAAGCAUAUAUAUUACUUAAAUUAAUAAUACAUUUGAAAAAAUGGUACACAAGAAGAGUAUUGAUGUAUUAGAUUACUUAAUGUACAGGAUUACUGAAUAAAUGUAUAUUCACCCUUAUGCUAUAUUUCCUGCUCUUCCAGUAUUUAUACCACAUCUUGAAUCAUAAAUAGCCAUAUAAUAUUGUGCAUUUUAAAUAGUAACUACUAUAACCAUAAAAUUAUGACAUCUUUACAUACAAUAUUCUGCACAUACAUUUAUUUUUUCUUUUCCUUUAGUUUUCUGAAGCCAAUUUCUGGAUGUCUUUAAACACACACAUUGUACACAUUGACCACUGGCUUCUUUCUUUAAAUAUUACAAGAUAUUAAGUUGAGGGUCCCAGACACUCACACUGUAAAAGAACUCUUCAGUCGGGGGGGCGGUCAAUGUGCAUUCCCUGACCCACCUUUCCUCCUCUGUCGGCUCUUCACCAGCUCUAACACUUUAUCCAGCUCCAGUGGCUGUUUGGAAGUAGUUAGUUUGUCUGUGUUGCUGAAGAUGUUCUUGAAGACCUUUAAAUGCUCCUCUAGCCCGCGUUUGAGCCACAUGACCUCAUCCUGAAGCCGGGGGUCCUUCUGUUUGCUGCUGUUCUGCUUCUGCUCAAUGCUCUCCACUCUGUGCUCUAGCUUCUCCACUGCCUGCUCCAGCUUCCACAGGUCACUGCCAUCUAUGAGCUGAGGCCUGAGGAGGCUAUGAUGCUCCCUGGCCGGGCCCCUCCUGCCGCUGAUGUUGUCGUCACUUGUGAGCCAGUCGGUUAAAGCGUGUGGGUGUGAGGAUGGCUGAUCAGCAGCUGGCACUUCUUCUUCUUCAUCUUCAACUUCUGAAUGGGUAAAUAUCAGGUUUAAUAAAGAUAAGUGUUUGUAACUAGUUUUACACAUUUGCACAACAUUUUCAACACCUCAGUUAUAUGUAAACAUGUGCUUUUUAUUUUUAGAUUAUGCUGUUUUAACUUAACUGUAGUUAGCUGUGUGUUUUAUACAAUGUUGAUGUUCUUACCUGUACUUUGUUUUGUGAGAUGUGCAAUACUAUGAUUGUGCACACUCAGCUGCUCCUCAUGCUGUAUUAGGUGCUUCUUUAAGGACGGAAUAGAGUAUGCCUUUUGGUCGUGAAUGGGCAAGUCCAAGAACUCAAGAACCUCCUCUCCCAGUAAUAGUUCUAGCACAUCACUGUGGCGGAUGGCGUCUUGGAGAAGGGAAUUGAAGGAUUCACGCAGGUGCUGGUUGUCCAGGGUGCGUUGUGCUUCUGUAUGUUGAAGCUCUGUGACCUGAGCCUGCCACUGCUGCAGAGACCAGCUCAAAUCAGCCACGCUGUGCUCCACUCUUCUGGUGCGGUUUUCCUCCAAAGCCCAAGAGGAUUUCAGCUAAAGGAGCAAACACAAGGUUUUGAGAUGGAGUUCAGCUGCAAUAAAAGAAUCACUCAUAUUGAAGGUGGGUUUAUCCUACACAUUGGACAUGGCAUACUAACAGCACUCAGUACAUAGUUUCAUAAUUAAUUUUUUCUUAAUGAUUCUUGUUGGUUUAAAUGGGUCCAUCCUCAACUGAUAUUACAAUCAUUUGUCUAUUGAAAGAUAGAUAGAUAGAUACUUUAUUGAUUAUGAAGGAAAUUCAAAAUAAAGGAUAAAACCAUGCAUUAUCUCUUAAAUAACUAUACUUUUAGCAACCAUGCAAACAGUACGUGGGAUUGCUCAUUCUAGUGUGUUUCUAAAGGUGUUGAUAACCCGCUUGUACCUGUUGAAGUCCUUGGUGCAGAGCCUCCACCACCGGUUGCCAGUCACUGUCCCCCCAUGUUUCCCCCUGUCCCUCGCUCUCCUCCAAAGCUUCCAGGGUGAGUCUGUUCUCUUUUGCCUGCUCCGUGACGUUAGUGAGGGCCUUUUGGAUGUGUGUAACAGCAGUUCUGAGCUCAGAGCAGCCACAGUCACCGAUGGAGCUGUUCUGUUCUGUUCUGUAGAGGUUGUUGAACAGGUAGUCUACAUCAACGUCAAGAUCCGUAAGCCUCAGGCCUUGGACACUCAGGUUCCCCGCCAGCUCCUCCACUCUCUGUAACACCACCACCUUGGCCGCCUCCACCUCCAGUCCUGUCUCCAUGAACUGCACCUGACUGCGCCGUGACGUAGCGUUGAUUCGUUUGUCCUGGUCCCUGUAGAGUUCAUGAAGCUGCUGUACGUUUCCCGACACCACCUCCACAUCCUCCAGCAGUGUCUGCACCUGCAUCCACACAUUCAUUUAUUGCAUUGAGUGGUCACCAAAUGACUAUGCAACCAUGCAAGAAACAAGGAAAUGUCUCUUGAAAAUGAAAUAUAAAUUGUAAGUUGAAGAAAACUUUGAAUUCAAAAACAGGGAAAAUAAGAGAGGAAAUGUGGCUUGUGAGAGUACCUGCACUGUGUUGUUGACCACUCGGUUGUCGAGGCGUUCCACGGCACUCCACAGAGCUGAGGUCUCUGAGUCCAGGACUAGUUCUGACGAGGGCUGUUUAUGAUCUUGCAUAAGCUCAGACAGACUGCGGUUUAUAGCCUGGACAUUGACCUAGGGUCAGAUCUCAAAUGAAUUACUUACGAUCAUAGUUUAUAAACACUGACAUGUUGUAGUUUUUUUUCUCACAUUCAUGUCUGUCCUCAAUCUGGUCAGGUUGCUAAGCAGUAAUGCAUGGUGAGAUUCCAGCAGGUUGCGUUGCUGUUGCACUUGGUCCUGUGUCUCCCUCAGCUCCUGGUACACCUGCUCCAGUUUGUCCUUCUCUUCCAGGCCAUCUCUGCUCAGAGAGCUGGCUUGAAGGUCAGGAGGGGACAGACCCUUCAGCUCAGCCACCUCAUGAGUAAGUGCCCCCAGCUGGCUCUGCAUGUGCAUCAAAGAGCGGUUGAAGGCUUCUAGGAUGGGCUGCAGCUGGGACAUGACCAACGCCAUCAUGUGCGGCACUGGGAGGACAGUUGGAGUGUCCUGGUACCGAAGAGCCACAGGGUCCCUUCUGUCCCCUACAACUGUCCACAACUCACUGUGAGAUUCGUCAAAUUUAAUGUUAUGUCAACUAAAUUUUUGUCCAUAGUUUCAAUUCAGUUUAUAUUUGUAAUGCCUAAUAUGGCAAAAAAUGAUGUCACUGAUGGUUCCCAAUUAAAAUUAAAAGAAGGUAGAGUACGAGCAUGGAGGACCAGGGUCAGAGUGGAUGAUGUCACACAGACAAAAUACAACACCCCCCCUCCCCCAGAGGAAGCAGGACGUCCUGUGGAAGUUACUGCGUCUGUGAUGCCCUCUAUCACGUGUUAGGCAAGCACUACAUCAUCCACAGAAACCCCCCAUGGCAGCUGUAUACUACAGUAAGCAAUUCUUACAUAAUAUAUAUCUAAUAUAUUUCCAAAUGUAAGAGGGACUUUGUAAGUGUAGAAUUUGAUGCGACUGCCCAUGAGUAAUAGAAUACAGUGAAUAUCAGACUCACGUGGUGAAUGCAGAUUUGGGUCCUGUGAGCCCAUAAUGUGCUGUGCUGGGGUUUUGUACAUGGGUUCAGAGUGGAUAGUGUCUGGCAGAAGGCGGUGUUGAGUAUUUUGGAUGUAGUCCUGUCGGACAGAGUCCAGAAGUUGGGCAGGGGCCUCAGGUUCGUAGGUGUGGUUAGAUGAUUCAUGCGCAUCAUGUGAUGGUCUGUUUGGUUGGCUGGUAUGGUAUGACAGUCCCUGGUGGUCAUUCUGCUCCUGAUGAGGGUCCAUAUGCACCAUCUCCUCUGAUAAAAACAUAGUAAAAACAAAGUAAUUUACAUACAUUUUCUUUCAUACAUUGUUCCUAUGAGCAGGGUUAAAUCUCAGAUUUGACCUGUUACUUGGCCUAGUAAAGUGUCCUACCUGAAAAGUUGCAUAGUGCACCUUUAAGCUUAAAACAGAAAUAAGACUUUUAUUUUGGGAACCACUGACUUUAUGACCUCAGUGAGAAAAAAGCAGUCUGCCAGGUUAUUUUCAUAGCUUUCUAUAGUGCAGCAGAGUCCGGUGGCACUGCCCUGCUGACAUUUCACUAUACUGUCAACUUUAACCAUUUUAUUGUUUAAGAAACUCCCCUGGCUUUGAGUGCGACACUAGAAAGUGUUCCACCCUGUAAGAGGCAAACAUUUUGUAUAGUAGGUUGUAUUGUGAGUCACCGCCAUAUAUUUAAAGUUCCUGUUAUUGUGUCCAGUGAUGACUUAAUCACACUGACUUGAGCACAGGCGUUAGACUGGGCCUAUGUGAUGCUGGUUUGUGCGUGAGUAGAGCAGCUUACCUGAUCCAGGACCAUUGGGACUAUCCUCAGAGUGUCCACUGAAGGUUGGAUUGACCUGGGCACCUGAGACUAAAGAGGACAUUCAGGAGUUAGGAGAUACAAAAUUAGAAGUGACAGAGGACAUCCGUCCAAGGAUUUGUGAUAAACACUUAACUUUCCCACACACAGUCACAAUCUAAAUUAGGUUCCACUAUCAUUGGACAUGUAUAAAUAGACCUCCACAGGAAACCACUGUAUUCAGAGUUCACUGUUCUAAAGCAGGACAAAAUAACAAUCAACAAUAAUUUCCAAAAAUGGGAAUAUGUAAGUUAGAUAGAGUCCCUCUAGCCUGCUGAUUUGAGUUGGUGACUCAUAGCAUAGGCAUGUUCACUAGUGGUGCAUCAGAGAGAUACUGAAAUGGCCUUCUGCUUAGAUGAUGCUAUACCUGGUCAGACAGAGUCGGAUCUAUACCUGAGUGGUCACAAUUGGGUCCGGUGUAUCCGGGACAGCACUGCCAUAGCAGGGCAGUGACCUCUCUCAGAGUCUGCCUGUACAGGGGUCGCAUGGACAGCUUGUACCUGAAUAUAAAUAAACUUAAGUUUAGGGAUAUCCUGUAGGGAUUAACAAUUUUAAGGAAAAAUAUCAAAUUGCAUUUUUUUCCUGAAUUGUAUUUGGAAUAAGAUUUGCAAUUUACAUUUUAAUAAUACACAUUUUAAACACACACAGGAGCUAAACUACUGCUACAAGAAUUGCCUGCAUUUAAAGAUAUAUUUGUUUAAACUACAGGGUUAGCAGUGUUUUUUUACAAGAAUAUUUUUUGAUUGCAGACAAGUUAUGUUACUUAAGUAAUUUUAGCCUUUCCAAUUUUCUAAUUGCAUGGGAAAUAUAAUUUCAGUUUGAUUGCAAUAAAUGUUGCAGAUUUGUCCCAAUCUCAAGUAAUCAACACAUGUCUCUUAGUCCCUAUCUUUUUAAUAAGUGUCUGAAUAGGUCGAAAGCCAUUGUUUGAUUCUUAUAGAGAGUGGUUCUCAGUCUUAAGUACAUCCAUAGUUUUAAUUUAAUUUGUAUUUAUGUUGUGGUUUUGUUCUUGGAGUUUUUAAUUUGGUGAGACAAGCUAUUUUUGUAGCACUGUUUUAGUAUGAGACCAGAUUAGGAGGAAUUCCAAUUGUCUAUAUGACUACAUAUCCAGUAUGGCCUCAAUUCUUCUCUGAUGUGGGAGUACUCACAUGACGAGCUGACAGUCUGGGACGCCACUUGGACAUGGGCUCUGAGACUUGAUGGUGUACUGCUCUGUUCCAUUCCUCACUCUUCCAGUCACCACACGCUUCUGCACAACAGCGCACCAGUUUCUGCAACAUAUACAGAGCCACAGUUUGUUAACAUAUCUAUAACAGAUUCAGAUAUUCUUGGAAUUGCACAUUACAUCGACAGUGUAGUUGGGUGUAAGCUUCUGAUGUGUGUGAUUUAGUCUUUAGGCCAAAUGUUGUGGUUGACCCAUAAUGAAUAAUUUAAAUGUACUUUUGUUAUACGUUAUCAGUGCUAUAGUUGACGAUUCCAAAAGUAUACUGAUGCAAUCUACCUGAAUUCAAACAAAAAAUCUUUUGGUUAUUGGGUGACUGCAUUGUUCUUCUGUACAUUUCAUUGUUUGAUGCUUUAACUCAUCUGUCAUAGUGCACAUAACAGCUGGGUGAUGUUGUUAUGAGGACUGUUUAAAAGCAUUCAUGUAGUCAACCCAGAUCAUAAUCUCCAUCUCCUGAGCUUUACUUUCUUUCUCAAAGAAACUAGGAUGUAUGAACAGUGACUCUCUACAGCUGGCUAAAGUACUUCAAAUUCCUAUUAUUUUGUUAUCUAUAGAUUUGCAUGUUGUGGUUUGUAAUUCAAAGAUGCUGAUACUACAAUAGACUGUAAUAGAAUAUUGUACAUGUACUUCCUCUUUGUCAGAGAACACUUACUACUUACUAGUGCUUCUUUGUACUGACAAAUCUUUUAACAAACUCAGAUUUGUGUACAGACAGUCACAAAUGUAAAGGUGUUUGUGUAACUCACCCUGAUCUGGCUGGGACAUUUCCUUGUGGUGCUCCUCCGUGUGGGACAUUGUCCUUUAGUCCACUGCCUCCUCUGGGGUCAGCAGCCUCCAGUCCUCCGUCCUCCUGCUCCACCUCAGGGUCCCGGGCCCUCAGCUCAGAGUGGGCACUGAGUAGUAACCCCAGCAGCAGCAGCACUUGUCUCAUGUCUGGCUUCUGCUGAACGCUCCCCGCUCUCAGACUCUUCAAACUAGUGCAAGAAGGUUGGGGGAGGUAGGCCACACCUCCCACUUCCUCUGCCCCCCCAAACUAAGUGGGGGUUGGAUUUGUGGCUAGUCCGAAGAAGAGUUCUGCACAUUUUUGACGUAUCAGUGACCUAUAAUCUAUACUCCUUCAUUUUAUAUUUUAUUUUAUUUAUUUACAUUGAUGUGUGUGAGACAGUUAAGGAUUUGUUGUCUUCUUAUACACAUUCUUGUACAGAGGAGGUGAGCAGGAGCCCUUGUGUCUCUCCCUGGUUCAGUUGAGGUCACUUUUGGAGGUAGUGUGAAAUGUCACUGUUUGUCUCUUAGACUAAGCUUGUGAGAUUAUAUCUGAUGAAGAUGUAUGGACUCAGAUACUGGUUUUGCAAAGUUUCCAAAUGACAAUGUUUAUAGCCUAUUUAUAUUUAUGUAUUUGUAUCUAUGGUUUUUAUAUUGUGAUGUUCCUCAUCAUGUUAUUGUAAAGUUAUGAUAUAUUGUGCUGUAUGUCUCCAAUUUCCCUGUGUGAAUUGUAACAGCCCACAUUAUAAUGGCUGUGAGCUCUUCCUGUUGGUUUGAUAAGAGUAGAGGAAGCUCACAGCCCUGAGUCUCGAGCCACGUCCUUCCUGACGGCUUGACCUCUCCUCCACGGUGUUUCUGGCUUUUCCCAUGAGCAGCACACAGACUCAUCUCAUAUUUUGGCUGAUGGUUUGGAAAAGAGAAAGUUUAGAAGCUUGUUUCUGAACCAGACCUGGGGUUUUCCACCCAGAGGAGAGGGGAUUGUGUGGGGGCUGGGUGGGGGCUGUUUCCGAGGAUUGUUGUGGACUUGUGCUCAGGGGGUCAGCUGUGGCAGAGUGACGUUCUCUAAGUGAAAAGACUCUUCCUUAUACGUGAGUCUAAAGCUGUAACUGACAAAACUCAAGUCAUUUUGAGGAAGUAUGUACAGACAUGCUCCUGGGGGUUAUUUUCCUUAUUAUAGAACUCUUGGGUUAUUAUCUGUCUCAGCUUCCACUUGUUUUCAUUUGGGGAAAUAUUGUUCUGAAGAGUUCUGCUGCAUAACCACUAGAGAGCACUGUUGACAUUUUAGUUACAAUAAUAAUCUGACCAACAGAGUGAAGCAAAGAAAAGUAGAAUAUAACACAAUAAAUAACGAAAAGGCGUUGUUCAUAUUCGCUCCUGUAGGUGUCACCUGCCAUACAGACAAACACACCUACCUAACACGCUUACUUAGGUUUGCUUCAUAUUUAGGGUAAAUUUUCAAAAGUAUUUGUGCUGUUCAAAGUUUGAACAACAGUUUGGCAUUUUAACAAAGGCCCCACAACCAGUGCUAAUAAAAACUAGAAGAACAGGUCUAAUUACGCCCUGUUCUGAAUAGUCCCACACCCAUCUCUCUGGGUGUAUCAAAAGAGUAAUAAAACUCCUCCCCAUAAAGGUAUAACAUAUUAAUAAUGUCAUGAUGUUUAAACCUUUACAUGGUAGAUUUAAAGCAUGGAAUGAAGGUUUGUCCUUAUAAUUAUCAGAACUGGAGGGCUGCAUGUACCUUAGCACACACCAGUGUAUGUAAUGGCAGUAGACUUAAGUUUAGGAAUAAUAAUAAUAUUUCCGACAUUUGUCCAAAAUGCAGGCUACAGAAUUCAGAGGAAUACUGGCUGAUUGUGUGUGAUACCAUAAACAAGCUGCACUGUUCUAGCAGGAGAUAAAGAAUCCAACAGAGAAAAUUAUGUUGGAUUGUACAAUUUGUAGUGGAUUCUCAUUUACUAUCCCAGAGAGGCAACCUGAGUCUGCUGGUGACUAAGAGAUUCACCCUACUGUAGAGGAUGACACAAAGGUGGAUUUGAUUCUUCAAGGCUUCCUUAAUCUUAAUAAGGGCACAGCUUGAAAUAGGUGUAAAUAGAAUGAGUCAUCAAGAUUCUUAUGAUGGGAGGAGGGCCAUACCUAAAUAAAAACUUCAGAAGUGGAUUAACAGGUCUGCCCUGUGUCUCCUGUUCAGAGAAGGUGGACCUUAUAAAAGCUCUGCACAGUUCCUACAUAGCAGCCACAGAGACCCACAGAGACCCACAUAGCACAGAGCACAGGGCACCCACAGGACACACCAACCAUGGCAAACUUUCUGUCCGGAGCAUUAGGGGGCCAGGGCAUUGCAAGGAUGGUUGGGGAAAAAGCAGGUGACUUUGUGGAAGAUGCAAUAAAUAAAGCUAUGGGUGGAAAUGAAAAGGAAUCCCAGGGAGAUAAGGGCAGUGCAGGAGGUUCAGGGGGCUUCGAUGUGGGAGACGUGCUUAGCUUUGGGGACAACAAAGAGAAGAAAAGCGGUCUGGAUAUAGGGGAUGCUCUGUCCUUCGUGGGAGACUCAAAGGACACAGACAAACGAGAGGGAGGUUUGGAUCUGUCUGGAAUUGCCGGCAACUUAUUCAAAUAACCUGCACUGGAAUGAUGGGGCUGUAAUGGCUGUGGUUUAACACUGAUUUAACCACCACACACCCCAAAUUCAACACAUCCCUACAGGUGUCUGCACUGUAAUGUGUAUCAGUGUAUUGUAAUAGAGUUGUCAUAUCACUGUUCAUAAUGCAUGGAAGAAUAAAAUAUUUAUUAUUGUUAA